AUGGAGUUAGCUCAGCCAUCGGUGGCAGCCAUGAGACCAACUGAACUAUGGGAGGCAGCCAUGGGACCAGUUGAACUAUGGGAGGCAGCCAUGGGACCAGUUGAACUAUGGGAGGCAGCCAUGGGACCAGUUGAACUAUGGGAGGCAGCCAUGAGACCAGCUGAACUAUGGGAGGCAGCCAUGGGACCAGUUGAACUAUGGGAGGCAGCCAUGAGACCAACUGAACUAUGGGAGGCAGCCAUGAGACCAACUGAACUAUGGGAGGCAGCCAUGAGACCAGUUGAACUAUGGGAGGCAGCCAUGGGACCAGUUGAACUAUGGGAGGCAGCCAUGGGACCAGUUGAACUAUGGGAGGCAGCCAUGGGACCAGUUGAACUAUGGGAGGCAGCCAUGAGACCAACUGAACUAUGGGAGGCAGCCAUGAGACCAGCUGAACUAUGGGAGGCAGCCAUGGGACCAGUUGAACUAUGGGAGGCAGCCAUGGGACCAACUGAACUAUGGGAGGCAGCCAUGGGACCAACUGAACUAUGGGAGGCAGCCAUGGGACCAACUGAACUAUGGGAGGCAGCCAUGAGACCAACUGAACUAUAG